CGGGUGCCGGGAGGAGAACGCAUGCACAUCCUCUUAGCACCGCGAGAGGCGCCGGUGUCUGAAGCCGUGCCACCGGUAUCUGCUGAGACGGCUGCUUUAGGCUCGUCCUUUUUUCUUUCGUUCCUGUUCCCUUCUUCACCCCACACCUUGGAGUAGCGUGACUUCUCACUGAGGACUAUAACAACUAGCUAGGUUGAAAAUGGAGAACCAAGAACCAACAGAUUCUUCUCGGAAUACCAAACAGACUAUAAUUUCAGAGGAGUUAAUUUCAGAAGGAAAAUGGGUCAAGCUUGAAAAAACAACUUACAUGGAUCCUACUGGUAAAACUAGAACUUGGGAAACAGUGAAACGUACAACCAGGAAGGGACAGUCUGCUGAUGGCGUAGCGGUCAUCCCAGUGCUCCAGAGAACUCUUCAUUAUGAGUGUAUUGUUCUGGUUAAGCAGUUCCGACCGCCCAUGGGUGGCUACUGCCUGGAGUUCCCAGCAGGUCUCAUAGAUGACAACGAAAGUCCAGAAGCUGCUGCUCUUCGGGAGCUGGAGGAAGAAACUGGUUAUAAAGGUGACGUUGCUGAAUGUUCUCCAGCUGUAUGUAUGGAUCCUGGUUUGUCAAACUGUACCACACACAUCGUGACAGUAACCAUCAAUGGAGAUGAUGCAGAAAAUGUAAGACCUAAGCCAAAGCCAGGGGACGGAGAAUUUGUGGAAGUAAUUUCUUUACCAAAGAAUGACCUGCUGAAUAGACUUGAUGCUCUAGUAGCUGAAGAACAUCUCACGGUGGAUGCCAGAGUCUACUCAUAUGCUCUGGCACUGAAACAUGCAAACACGAAGCCAUUUGAAGUGCCCUUCCUGAAAUUUUAAGGCCAAAGAGGACACUGGCCAUAUUUUUGUAAAUGAGACCACCAGGCCUUCUUCACAAAGACUUUGUAUUCAACUUAGUUUAAUGUAGAUUUGAAAUUAGUUUUUUCAUAAAAUAAAAGCAGCACAAAAUGCAUGUGUUGGUAUGGGACUGUAAUUACAGGUAGGCUAUAGUCUAGCUAAUAUUAACGGAAACAAAUGCAGGUAUGCUUACUCCAAGUUUUAUUUCUUUAAACCCAACUACUUUUUUAACCUAGUCUAGAAGGUAGGGAUAGGAAAGCAAACGUGAGUUCCAAAUCGGGUCAACUCUUCCCACCCUCAACAUCUAAAAUAAAAAUUCUGUUGCUGGGUAUGUACAUACCUGUUCUCCGCAGUAGUGUUUUUAGUUUUGAAGAAAGAGACCUACAUAGGACUACUUUGGAUUCUCCUAAUUAUAUGAAAUUCAACUGGUCAGUGCAGGAUAUAAAAUCAGUAGAGGAUAAU